UGGCUCCUUGCAGUCGACGAACUGUCAGGGCGGGAGUGAGCCAGAGCAGCCAGCAGCGGCCCGCGCAGCAAAGCGGAAAGCUAGGCUACCAGAGUGCAAGGAAUCUCAGCGGCAGAAGCUACUCAGGCGACACAGGCAGCCCAGCUAGCCCGGGCCGCCCGACCAGCCUCACAAACAGCAUCCAAGACAAACAGCUGCUCCGCGGACUGCGAGCUGUGGCGGUAGAUCCCGCUACAGCAAUCGCAGUCUCUGUGGAGCGGGCGGAAGCCUUUUUUCUCCUUUUUCGUUCCCCUCUUCAUUCUACUCAAAGAGGAGUCUAAACAGUAGUAUAUCGUGGGCUGACAAACAGUACCUUUGCUAUUGAGACUGGUAUGGACUUGUUGUCCGGGACGUAUAUAUUUGCGGUCCUGUUAGCAUGCGUCGUGUUUCAGUCUGGCGCCCAGGAGAAGAAUUAUACAGUCCGAGAAGAAAUGCCAGAAAACGUCCUGAUAGGCGACUUGUUGAAAGACCUCAACUUGUCGCUUAUUCCCGACAAGUCCUUAACCACUCCUAUGCAGUUCAAAUUAGUUUACAAAACCGGGGAUGUACCAUUGAUUCGCAUUGAAGAGGGUACUGGAGAGAUCUUCACUACUGGUGCACGCAUUGAUCGUGAGAAAUUAUGUGCUGGAAUCGUGUUGGAUGCCCGUUGCUUUUACGAAGUGGAGGUUGCUGUUUUGCCGGAUGAAAUAUUUCGAUUGGUUAAGAUACGCUUUCUGAUAGAAGACAUAAAUGAUAAUGCACCGUUAUUCCCAACAACUGUCAUCAACAUAUCAAUUCCAGAGAACUCGGCUAUAAACUCUCGAUAUUCUCUUCCAGCAGCCAUUGAUCCUGAUAUAGGAAUAAAUGGAGUGCAAAAUUACCAACUAAUUAAGAGUCAAAAUAUUUUUGGUCUUGAUGUCAUUGAAACACCAGAAGGAGACAAGAUGCCCCAACUGAUUGUUCAAAAGGAGUUAGAUAGAGAAGAGAAGGAUACCUAUGUGAUGAAAGUGAAAGUUGAAGAUGGUGGCUUUCCUCAAAGAUCCAGUACAGCUAUUUUGCAAGUAAGUGUUGCUGAUACAAAUGACAACCACCCAAUCUUCAUAGAGAAGGAAAUUGAAGUCAGUAUACCAGAAAAUGCUCCUAUAGGUUCUUCAGUGACACAGCUCCAUGCCACAGAUGCAGAUAUAGGUGAGAAUGCCAGAAUUCACUUUUAUUUCAGCAACCUAGUCUCCAACAUCGCUAAGAGACUGUUUCAUCUUAACACCACAACUGGACUUAUCACUGUCAAAGAACCACUGGAUAGGGAAGAAUCACCAAGUCACAAGUUACUGGUUUUGGCAACUGAUGGUGGAUCAACACCAGCAAGAGCAACAGUGCUAGUAAAUGUCACAGAUAUCAAUGAUAAUGUCCCAUCAAUUGACAUAAGAUACAUUGUCAAUCCAACCAAUGGCACCGUGCUUCUUUCAGAGAAUGCUCCACUUAACACUAAAAUUGCUCUCAUAACUGUGAUGGAUAAGGAUUCUGAACAUAAUGGUAGGGUGACAUGCUUCACAGAUCAUGAAGUUCCUUUCAGAUUGAGACCAGUAUUCAGUAAUCAGUUUCUCUUGGAAACUGCUGCGUUUCUUGACUUUGAGUCCACAAGAGAAUAUGCCAUAAAAUUACUGGCCGCUGAUGCUGGCAAACCUCCUUUGAAUCAGUCAUCCAUGCUCCUGAUCAAAGUAAAAGAUGAAAAUGACAAUGCUCCGGUUUUUACCCAGUCUUUCAUAAGCCUUUCGGUUCCUGAGAAUAACUCUCCUGGUGCACAGUUGACAAAAAUCAGUGCAACAGAUGCAGACAGUGGACAGAAUGCUGAAAUAAGCUACAUGCUAGGUUUUGAUGCACCACCUGAAUUCAAUCUGGAUCAACGUACAGGUAUCCUGACUGCAGUGAAGAAACUAGAUAGAGAAAAACAGGAAAAGUAUUACUUUACAGUUCUGGCACAGGACAAUGGAAUUCCACCCUUAAUGUCCAAUGCCACUGUCUUCGUGACUGUUCUUGACCAGAAUGAUAAUAGCCCAAUUUUCACUCACAAUGAAUAUAACUUCUAUGUUCCUGAAAGCCUUCCAAAACAUGGCACAGUAGGGCUAAUAACUGUGACUGAUCCUGAUUACGGAGAGAAUUCUGCAGUUACUCUCUCCAUCUUAGAUGUGAAUGAUCAAUUCACUAUUGAUCCACAGUCUGGUGUCAUCAGGCCAAAUAUUUCAUUUGACAGAGAAAGACAAGAAUCCUAUACUUUCUAUGUAAAAGCUGAGGAUGGUGGUAGGGUAUCACGUUCUUCAACUGCUAAAGUAACCAUAAAUGUGGUUGAUGUCAAUGAUAACAAACCAAUUUUUAUUGACCCUCCUUCCAAUUACUCCUUUGAAUGGGUUCUACCAUCCACAAAUCCCGGCACAGUCGUCUUCAAGGUUGUUGCAAUUGACGAUGAUAUUGGCAUGAAUGCAGAGGUUCAUUACAGCAUUGUUGGAGGGAAUACAAAAGGACUGUUUAUGAUUGAACAAAUAUCAGGUAAUAUCACAUUGAAGGAGAAGUGCAUGGUUUCAGAUCUUGGUUUACAUCGAGUCAUAGUCAAGGCUAAUGAUUUAGGACAACCUGAUUCUCUCUUCAAUGUUGUAAAUGUCAAUUUCUUUAUAAAUGAGUCCGUACCCAAUGCCACACUGAUUUAUGAACUGGUGCGCAGAAGCAUUGAUGCACCUGCAAAUCAAAAUACUGAAACAACCAGUGCAUCCUCUCCAACCACUGACUAUGUCAAGAUCAUGGUUGCCAUUGUGGCUGGUACCAUAACUGUCGUCCUAGUUAUUUUCAUCACUGCUGUAGUAAGAUGCCGCCAACCACCACACCUUAAGGCUUCUCAGAAAAACAAACAGAAUUCUGAGUGGGUUACUCCAAACCCAGAAAACAGGCAGAUGAUUAUGAUGAAGAAGAAGAAGAAAAAGAAGAAGAAGCAUCCCCCCAAGAACCUGCUGCUUAAUUUUGUCACUAUUGAAGAAGCAAAGCCAGAUGAUGGUGAAAAUGAGAGAAACAGUGUCACACUAGAUCUUCCCAUUGAGCUGGAAGACCAAACCAUGGGCAAAUACAACUGGGGCAAUACACCUACUACCUUCAAGCCUGAUAGCCCCGAUUUGGCUCGACAUUACAAAUCUGCCUCUCCCCAGCCUGCAUUCCAGAUCCAGCCUGAAACGCCCCUGAACUCAAAGCACCACAUCAUUCAGGAACUGCCUCUUGAUAAUACCUUCGUUGGCUGUGAUUCCAUCUCCAAGUGCUCCUCCAGCAGUUCUGAUCCCUACAGUGUUUCUGAGUGCAGCUAUCCAGUGACAACUUUCAAGGCCCAUGUGUCUGUGCAUACCAGACCGCCCAUGAAGGAGGUGGUACGAUCUCACACACCCAUGAAAGAGGCAACUACUGUGGAAAUCUGGACUCACCCACAUCCACAGCGGCGAUCUGAUGGAAAAAAGCCAGGAAAGUCCCAGAGACGUGUCACAUUUCACCUACCAGAAGGCUCUCAGGAAAGCAUCAGUGAUGGUGGAUUGGGAGACCACGAUGCAGGCAGCCUUCCCAGUACAUCCCAUGCACUGCCACUUGGCUAUCCUCAGGAAGAGUAUUUUGAUCAUGCUGCACCAAAUAACCGCACUGAAGGGGAUGGCAACUCUGAUCCUGAAUCUACUUUCAUUCCUGGACUAAAGAAAGCUGCAGAAAUAACAGUGCAACCAACUGUGGAAGAAGCCUCCGAUACCUGUACUCAAGAAUGCCUCAUCUUGGGCCACUCUGACUCCUGCUGGAUGCCAGCUACUCUGACCAAUCCUAGCCCUUCACAGAUAAAGACCUCUGCUAUCUGCCACAGCCCACCCAGGCCCCGCUUGUCAGUUCGUUGCUACAGCCCUCCAGUGACACAGACAGUCGCUAUCUGUCACAGUCCCCCUGUGACACAAACUAUUGCAUUGUGUCAUAGCCCUCCACCAGUACAGGCUACUGUACUUCGCCAUAGUCCACCACCAGCACAGGCCGCUGCAGUCAGCUACAGCCCAACUCUAGUACAGGCUGUGGUGAUUCACCACAGUCCUCCUCUGCCACAGGCUGCCACUCUCCAUCGCACUCAGGCACAACCACCAAUGGGUUUGCAGCAGGGAUGGGUGCAAGGUGCUGGAGUGGAUGGACUAUAUCCUAUUGAUCAGGGAGUACAGGGCAGUACAAGAGCUCAAUUUUACACCAUGGCUGAAAGAUUUCAUCCCGAUGAUGACUCAAUUAAAGUCAUUCCCUUGACCACCUUUACUUCAGGUCAACAGGCCAGAUCCUCAAGAGGUGAUUCUCCCAUCAUAGAGGAACACCCCUUGUAAAGCCUAUA